AUGUUGCUCUGGGUAUUCCUUGGUUCCAUAAUUGGAUAUUGCGACCCACAACUCAGCUAUGAACCGUUGUGGAUUCAAUCCAUCAACGGGAUGAAGUCCAUUGGAGUUCACUUAAAGAAUUUUCAAGAUAAAUAUUGCACUGCAGAGGUAAGAGAAGGAAAUGCGAUAGUAGUUAUUAGUACAUCUCCAGGAGGAUAUACUACUUGAGUGUUGAUGACAUCGACCCAGCUUUUGGUGUUGAAAAAGCAACGGAAAUAAUGCGAAGAUAUGCGUAUGUGGCUGUUCGUUUGGAAGAUGUUUGUAUGGAAUUACAGUUGGAUGGGGUUGAUGAGGUGGGUUUGGGGAGUAACGAGACUAUGUCAGAAGAUGCUUUGCAACUCGUCAAGCAUUCAGGUAGAUUCCAAAACUAUCUAAAUUACUUUUGCAGGUCCAAUUGGGAUUGAUGUGAGUUUAUUCAACGAGAAUAACAACCGGAGUAUGGAGAAGUCUCUGACCGAAGACAAGGAAAUUGAUCACAUUCUCAAGUCGUUUGAUACCAUGGGAAAAACUGGGCAGAAACCUUUUGCAUCAACGUUCUUGAAUCCGCUAAUGAAGAAGCUAAAGUAUGACGCAAGGUAAAUGCCAACGACUAUUGUAAAUUUGUAAUUACUAGAUCUCCGCCGAUCAUCAAUGAGAACAAAACUGUCAAUGUUAGAGUCGGAAUUCAUGUUCAAUCCGUCUCAAACUUUGAGUUGACAACUAUGGUACGCCGUCUUCUUUAUGGAAACAUAUUUAUGUUGCCUUAACUGAGAAUUCAAAUUAUUAUAUUUAUUUCAGGAUUUUGACAUGGAUAUGUGGCUAAGAAUGGCUUGGAGAGACCCCAGACUGGCGCAUGGAUUGAGUGGCCCAAUUUUGAUUACAGAAGAGGGUUAUUUGAAAAGACUGUGGAGGCCGGACGCUGUCUUUAUCAACAGCAUGGAGAGCUUCUUCCAUCGGGUUACUUAUCUUAACUUUUACAUGUUCGUUUUCCCAGAAGGAGAGGUCUUUUUUGAAGCCAGGUAAAUACAGAAUUACAUGAGUAAUUCCAUGUGCACUUUUAGAGUUUAUUUGAAGCCCAAGAGUCAUCUGGUUCUGUGCAAGUACCCCCACGACUCUCAAACUUUGAUCCUCCAGAUAAGUUCUAGUAAGUUACACAUUGUUCGGAGUAAAAUAACUGUUUAUUCAAGUCGCAAUGACUCAAGAUACCGUAGUCUUCCAAUGGUUCCCGAUAAAACGUGACGCCAUUCGAGUGAAUAGGAACAUUCAAUUGCCCGAGCUUCAUAUUACCAGCUACGAAAGCACAGUAUGCGAUGCAAGGAGGAAGACUGGCAACUUUACUUGCCUGGAGGCGAGAUUUUAUCUGAAAAGAAAUAUUGGAUAUCAUAUAGCGCAGACAUAUGUUCCCACAGCAACUUGUGUUGUGUUCUCCUGGAUCAGUGUUUGGCUACCGGAAGAGUUUGUUGAGGGGAGGAUCUUCGUUGCGUUGACUGUCUUCUUAACCUUGAGUGCAGAGAGUAAUGCGGCUAAGGAUACAUUGCCCAAGGUUUCUUAUAUCAAGGUAAGUGGACGGUAGACUGACCCGUUUGCAAGGUAUAUAAAGAUUUCUUCAAAUUUGGAUUACAUCAGAUUUCUAGUUUUAGGUUAGAAACGUCCUUGGAUAAAAACAGUAGAAGAUUAUCAAAAUAUGUAAAUCAAUAGGAGUGUAAAUCAUCAUUUUGUGAACUCAAAGUUAAUCGGUAGAUCUUUUAGAAAAUUCUAAUCUAGAUGUUGUCUCCUUUUUAUCAAAACAUUUGUGCCACACGUUGGUCAUAUUCCUUACAGGUCUUACUUUCAGGCCAUUGAUAUUUGGUUCGGAUUCACGGCGUCAUUUGUUUUCUCCACAAUGUUGCAAGCUUUGAUCGUGAUCAGGCUGGAGAAUAUGAGCAAAGAAAAGGUGAGCCUAAAUUGACGAUAUGGGCCUACACUGCCAAAGCUGUAGUCCCUUAAACAUAUACUUUGAUGUUACGCUUUGAAUUUGACGUCCACGUUUAUAAUCGAAUAAGCAUAAGCUGUUACUGCUUGAUUACUUACCUUUAUUGGGUUUACCGCGGGGUUGUAGAAGUCAAACUGACUCAGUAAUGGAUGACAUAACUCCCUAAUUACAUUUUAAUAUUUAAAAUCAAGAGUAGAAAAACUUUUUUGACAAUUUAAAUUUUUAAUUGAUGGUGCGUAACUACAAGUAUAUUUUGAAUGUGGCAGAAUUCAUUUUCAGCGAAAACUGGUGGAAAACGAGAGUGCUUCGUUGGGUGUGGACAAGACUGUUCGUUUGCUGAUUGAGAGUAAACGCCUGCAUAAGCUGAGCAGAUGGCUGGACGAGUUCUUCAAAGUGAUGUACCCGGUCAUCUUCCUCAUAUUCCUUUUCAUCUACGCCUUUGUGGUAAUCCAGGGGGAGCCCACUUGCGUUUGA